AAAUAUAGGCGACAGUCUCCCUAAAAAAAUGUGUAAAUAUUAUAUUAUUAUUAUUUAAUAUUUUUUUAAUACAUCAGCCGACCCCUUUCGUUUUGGAAGUUUCCGCCGCCUACCCGAUCGCUUUCGUCUCCGUUUCGCCCAAUUCCGCCCCGAUCGCUUCCGAUCAGCGAACGCCGGCAGUCGAGGCGCCCAAUCGCCGGACCAGCGCUGCGAUCGCCGGAGGAGCAAGGGAUCGCGGGAGAUUGGAUCGCUAGGAAUGAGAUGUGGAUGUGAGCUUUUAUGGUUGAUUAAGCAUGAAAAUGUCAGGAAAUAUGAGGGCAGAGUCAGCUUCGAGUAGUCUGGAUGGACCAAACUUUGCUGCUUCCUAUCACAAUGGGCAGCGUGGGACCUACUCAGGCUCUGGUUUGGAGAGGUCUGGAAGCUUCCGCGAGAGCUUGGAGAGCCGUAUUCUGGUUACUGGGCCCAGCACAUCGAGAAACACAGCCUCCUCUGCAGAAAUACCACAUUUGCUGCAGUAUCUUUCAUUAGAGCAUUUCUCAAUGAGCGAGCAAAAGUAUUCUCGCUCUGGAGAAUUAAGAAGAGUUCUAGGUGUUACAGUUGAGGAGCACUCUUUUGGAUCUGUGCAGUCUAAGCUGCUCCCUCCCAUUGCAUCAGAAGAUCUUAAACGUUUCAGAGCUAGCAUAUUUGAGUCAUCAACCAGAGCAAGGGAUAGAAUGAAGUCAUUGCAGGAAUCAAUUAUGAAAUUGGAUAAAUAUCGCAACUUGCUUUCAAGGAAACGACAAAGAACUGAUCAGUUAUAUGAGAAGUCAGGUAAUUCAAAUCCACUUAAGAUGGGAAGUCAGAGUCAUCAAAGCCCUUCAGAGAUUGCAAGUCCAAGACUGGAGGACAGAGCAAAGAAUGUAAUUCCAAAUAAACGUGUUCGCUCCUCUAUGGCGGAAGUACGGCCAGAAGGGCGUGGGACUGUUCUUCUGAGGCAAGGUGCAGUUAUAGAAAAGGAUAAAAAUGUGCUUUCUGACAAGGAUAAAGUUAUGCUUAGAGGUUGCAAUGGGGGGCCAAUACCUUCAGAAGAGAAGAUGUGUGGACUCCCUCCAGGGGGUGAUGGAUGGGAGAAAAAUAAACGAAAGCGUUCUGUUGGCCUUAACAGAGUAAUAGAUGGUGAUAGAGAUAUUAAACAACCAUUUCAGCAGAGGCCUAACAGUGAAUCUCGUCUACGCCCUUCUGAUGGCACUGGAUUCAGACCUGGCUUGUCUAGUGUAACCACAAUAAGCAACAAGAUGGAUAGCUGCCCCGAAAAUAGUGGUGCUAACUCUCGUGGAAUACUCAAGAAUGACUUGGAUGGUAGCUCCACUCCAAAUGAAAGACGAGAACAUUUUGUUGGACAAGAUAAUGAUCGAAUGGUGUCUAAAGGAAGCAAUAAGUUAAAUAUGCGUGAGGAUGCUCAAGUGGGAAACCAAAGUCCUCUGAUAAAAGGAAAAGCAUCUAGAGCACUGAGAACUGGUUCAGGCAUUGUCAUGAAUGCAUCUUCUAAUUUUCUUCGUUCAUCUGGAAGCACUGAUGGUUGGGAGCAAGCCCCCUGCAUCAACAAAAUUCAGCCGUCAAAUGGGGUGAACAAUCGUAAAGGGUCAAUAAAUAAUGAAUCAUCAUCACCCUCUGUAACUCAAUGGGUGGGUCAACGGCCUCAAAAAAUCUCUAGAACAAGAAGGGUUAAUGUAGUUUCUCCAGUCUCAAACUUGGAUGAUGCUCAGUUUUCACACGAAGGAUUUUCUACUCCUGAUGGUGGCGCCAGAAUGACAACUACAGAUACCAGUGGGCUUUUAAUUUCUAGAGGCAGGCCCAGUAGCAGUCACCAAUCAAAACUGAGACUCGAUAAUGUCCUCUCUCCUGCAGUAUUAUCAGAAAGUGAAGAGUCAGUUGCUGUUGAGAACAAGUUGAAGGAGAAAGGAACUGAUAAUUUUGAGCUAGAAGAUGGUGCUCAAGCACCCCUUAAGGCAACAACUUCUGCUUUGCCAUCAAAGAAGACCAAGACUACUCCAAAAGAAGAAAUUGGAGAUGGAGUUCGAAGACAAGGUAGGAGUGGAAGAGGCUCAGUACAGUCAAAAUCAUGUUUACCUCUACCAAGGGAGAAACUGGAAAAUGUAGAUUCUACAAAGCCACUCAAAAAUGGAAAGCAUGGUUCUGAAAGGAGCGAAAGUAGGAUUGGCCGCCCUCCUUCAAAAAAGUUAUCUGAUCGGAAGACUUGUGUCCGUACACAAAUUAUGAAUGGUGGUUCCUUUGAAUUGGCAGGAGAAUCAGAGGAUGAUCGAGAAGAAUUACUGUCAGCUGCAAAUGCAGCUCGUAACGCCAGCUAUCAUGCCUGUUUAAGCACUUUCUGGAAAAAAAUGGAAUCCAUUUUUUCAUUUGUGACAUUGGAGGAUAUAUCUUUUGUCAAGCAUCAGAUUCAUUUUGCUAAGGAGGUAGAUGGAAGUUUGUCUAACAGGGUUGAAGUUGGCCAUGAUGUAAUGGAUGAGGUCCUUUACGAUGUGGCAUCUUCACCUCACAUUUCCUUUGCCAGAGAGCAGUCAAGUGUGGUUGGAUCAACCAACAAAUCUUUUGAGACCCAUUAUUCGGCUGCUGGGACACAGCAUGUCAAUGCAUCACUUGGAAGAUUAGAGACCAAGAGAUGGUAUGACAAAAUGGUUCCACUCUCGCAGAGGCUUCUCUCAGCCUUUAUCACAGAAGAUGAUAUCAAAAAAGUUGAAAAUGACUCCCAAGGCGAAUCAGUUUUACAGUUGUCAAGUGAUUAUGUUCAUUAUGGUACUAAUAGUCGUGUUAAUGAUCAUGCUAAAGAUUUACUGAACAUGGAUUGUGAGUUGGAGCUUAAUUAUAAGAAUCAGAAAAAUUGUAUGGGAGAUAAUAUGGCUUGUGAUGGAUUUAUGGUCUCCAACAACUUUAGGCACUCAAAUAUUCAACAUUUCAUGUCUGGAGAUGAACCACUGGUGGAAAAUAGUGCUGUUAUGAAUGCAUAUAAUGGUUCACUUUCUGAUUACCAGAAAAAUAAUCUUAAUCAGCUGCAGAUAAUGGACAACACUUUUCCCUAUGAGCGCCAGUUUGAGGACAUGCCUCUUGAUGAUAGGAUUUUGAUGGAACUCCACAGUAUAGGCAUAUUUCCGGAUGCAGUGCCUGAUCUUGCUGAGAGCGAAGAUGGAGAAAUUGACAAAGUUAUUACAGAACUUAAGAUGAGACUUUAUGAGCAGGUGAGGAAAAAGAAAACUCAAUUAGGUAAACUAGAAAAAACAGUUGAAGGUAUAAAAGAAGUUGAGGAGAGGAAACUUGAGCAGCUUGCAAUGAACAAACUUGUUGAGAUGGCACACAAAAGGCUAAUGGGCGGGCGUGGUAGUUCAAGUCAUAAGAAUGGAAUAACUAAGGUUUCAAAACAACUUGCAUUGGCCUUUGCUAAGCGAACAAUAGCCAGAUGUCACAGAUUUGAAGAAACAGGUCGAAGCUGCUUCAGUGAACCGACAUUGCGGGAUGUGAUCUUGUCAGCACCUCUACAUAACAUUGAUUCUAAACAUUCAGAUGUUUCUGGUGCUAUUAAUCAUGUGGAAUCACGGAGCGGUCAUCUUGGUUCCCGAGUAUCAGCUUCUUCUAACUGGCUUUCAGGUGUACCAUCAGUUAUGGAGAGGCAUGGACUUGGUAAUAAGAUUGAUCGAGGUCCAUUGGAUGCAUACCAAGGUUUUCCUCAAAUGGGAGAUCAAUUGGUUAGUAAACCCGACAGGAAGAAGAAGGAGGUGCUUCUGGAUGAUGUUGUUACAGGUGCUGCUACAAGAGCCAUAUCAACUCCUAGCUACUCUCUUCCAAGUAGCACAAAAUGGAAAAAAACUGAAAGAGACAGGGAUCAGCACAAAGAUGCAUUGGGAAGAAGCUCUACUGCUAAAGCUGGUCGUCCAUCAUCCAGUGGCAGGGGUGAACGCAAAACAAGGACAAAGCCAAAGCAAAAGAUAGCUCAAUUGUCAACAUCAGGGAAUGGUAUUGGCCGAGUUACAGAGGCAGCCAACUUUUUGUCACCAGCAUCACAAGAAUCCUUUGACACUGUGAAUAAUUCUGUCAUGAAAAUUGAUCAGGAAGUUGAAUUGCAAAGUUCAAGUAAUAUUACCCAUGAUUCAUCUAAAGAGGUUGAUGAUACUAUCUUCACUAACUUACCACUGCAUGCGAUAGAUUCCAUUGAUGAAUUAGAUGUAGCUGAAGGUCUGGGUGGACAAGGUCAGGAUAUUGGUUCUUGGCUGAAUGUUGAUGAAGAUGCACUCCAAGAUCAUGAUCUAGUGGGCCUAGAAAUUCCAAUGGAUGAUCUCUCAGAAUUGAAAUUGAACUUUUAAAGGGAGACUAAUGUGGAUAUUCAAAAUCUGUCAGAAUACAAGCUCUAUUGUCUUUAUGACAACUAACAGGUCAAAUUGUCUACCUCAACGAAUUAGAAUAUGUACCUAGGACAGUCUAUUCUUUUUUAUACCUUGUAAGUUCUUGGCAGUUCCCAGUUGCUUUCCGUCAUCUAAGAAUUGUUCAGAGUACCAAAUGUCAAAAUAAUUUGACCCAUCUAUCCAGAUUAAUCUUAUUUCAA